UACAUUUCUCCUCCAUAUUUCACAUUUUAAUAACAGUGCACCAUGCUCGAGCACUGCCUCUCGCGGCUGUGAUGAAUUUAACCAUGACGUCAGCUGAGCAGAAGUGAGUGCGUGCAAAGCGGCACGCGUUCAGCACGGCACGGACUACAACUCCCCUGCACCAACAAACUACAUAACCCACAGGCUGCCCGUGUCACGCGUGCGCAGCACGGACAAAACGUUGCAUUGAAACUACAAAUCAGCGGCAGGAGGACUACAAUUUUUUGCGGGCGCCUGCGCAGUAGAAAACCCCUCGGAGUCCUUUUAAAUGUACCGUACGUGCAAAGAUGGCAGCUCAGGUCGACCUGCUCCGUGCGAAAGUAGGAGAGGAAAUCCUGAGGGAGAGUCUGGACAGGUUCAUCAAAGAGAGGAAGAAGAAGAAGAAGCGGGAGCUGUCUGCGUCCGCGGAGAAAGACGCGAAGAGACUGAAGCUCCAUCACCAGGACCAGGACCAGCACCGGAGCCAGGAGCCGCAUCAGCUGCAGCAGAACCCGAAGCCCCACAACAACUUCAGUGCAGGUAAGCACGUCCUGCACAGCCACAAGCACCAGCACCACCAGCACCAGCACCACCACCACACCAAGAAGAAUGUGCAGCCAGCUCUGCAGCCUCCUCCUCCGCGGAAGGUGCCGGCCGAGCGGCUGCAGCUGCAGCAGAAGAAGCGAGCGCUGCCCGCGGAGCCACCUGCGCUCUUCACGUUCACGCCUCUCAAAGGGGUCAAGGCCAAGCCCCAGGAUUUCAAGCCCCAGGAUUUCAAGCCCCAGGAUUUCAAGGAGAAAGACCCGAAACUGAAGCUGAAGAAGGAGAACACCGAGGCCAACGUGAAACACGCCGAGCUGAACAAAAAGAAGGAGCCAAGGCCCCACAAUGAAAAUGUCAAGUCUCUAACACUGGAGGAAUAUCUCCUGAAGAAGAAAAAGAAGAAGAAGAAGCACCGUGAGGACGAGCACAGCGCCAAGAAGAUCCGAUACAUGCGCAACAAAGCAGUUCAGACUGUCUGUGCAGGACUUGGAGCGGAUCUCACGCUGCCAGUUUGCCCCGAUACGUCUCUGCCUGGCACCGUGAAGCACGAAACCAAUCGGCAGCCUGCCAGAGAAACUGUCGACAACCACCAACCCUACCUCCACGCUCUCAAGCUGGGACACGUCCCCUUCCUCUCCCACCAAGACCACUACAUCCGCAGCUCCUGCCUCCAGACGGGCACCUGGUACGGACGCUUCAUGCACGAGGAACGGCAAGCCAACGGCGGUGGAUUAGUCCUGCAUGCCUAUGCCGACGAGCUGGCCUGUCUCAGCCCGGCUCAGAUGGAGUGCUUUGCCCAGGAGUUUCUGGAGUUGGCCUUCGCUGAGAAGCCCAGAGGUGCAGCCUCAUAUGCCUUGACAGUGGUGCACAGCGCAGCCUCCUACCUACCUGACUUCCUGGACUACUUUGCCUUCAACUUCCCCAACACACCGGUCAAAAUGGAGAUACUGGGCAAGAAAGACAUUGAGACCACCACUAUUGCCAACUUUCACUCUCAGGUGAGCCGGACUUACUGUUCAGGAACGUACCGGUCCGGACCCAUGAGGCAGAUCAGCUUGGUUGGAGCUGUGGAUGAGGAAGUUGGAGACUAUUUCCCAGAGUUCCUAGACAUGCUGGAGGAGUCACCGUUUCUCAAGAUGACCUUACCGUGGGGAAGCCUCUCCAGCCUGAAGCUGGACUGUCGCUCUCAGAGUGACGACGGGCCCAUCAUGUGGGUGCGACCCGGAGAACAGAUGGUUCCCACCGCCGACAUGCCCAAGUCGCCCUUCAAAAGACGCAGGUCCAUGAACGAGAUCAAGAAUCUACACUACCUGCCCAGGGCCAGUGAGCCCAGAGAGGUUCUGUUUGAGGACCGGACGAAGGCGCAUGCCGACCACGUAGGGCAGAGUUUUGACUGGCAGAGCACUGCUGCUGUGGGCGUACUGAAGGCUGUGCACUUCGGAGAAUGGAAUAAUCGGCCUCGGAUAACCAAAGAUGUGGUGUGUUUCCAAGCCGGGGACUUCAAUGAAGUUGUCCAAAGUCUGCAGCUGGAUCUGUACGAGCCCCCAGUGUCUCAGUGUGUCCAGUGGGUGGACGAUGCGAAGCUCAACCAGCUGAGGAGAGAAGGCAUCCGCUACGUCCGCGUCCAGCUCUGUGACGACGACAUUUACUUCAUCCCGAGAAACGUCAUCCACCAGUUUAAGACGGUGUCCGCAGUCUCCAGCCUGGCCUGGCACAUCCGUCUCAAACAGUACCAUCCAGAAGAGAAGGUGAAGGAGGAGGAGCAGCGGCCAAACGAUCUCAGCCCCACCUCGGGCCGGGUCUCGUUUUCCUCUCCCGCCAGACCUGACGCCACCGUGACCCCCUGUGCACGACCACAGGGAGACAACACCCAAGGCGGGGUGGCAAAGACUGAGGAACCAGAGUUCCAGAGGCCAGCAACGCCACCAAAGGAGCCUCAGCCAGCCCCUCCACAGCCCACCAAAUCUGCUCACUCGCCCUCAAAAUACCAGAAUCCCCACCUUUCUCUGGAGCCAGUCCACCCCGGAUGUACACCCUCGAAAGAGCAAACCCUUCCAAAAGGUCUCGGCCACACUGCGGAGUUCCCAAAAUGACCUUACUCCCCCCUGCUCACCCUCACUGCCUCUCUUUCUGCCCACUGUGGGAGGAGAGGAUCUGUGUCAAUCAGGAAUCCUUUCAACUUAAAUUAUUCUUCACGUUUUUUUUUGUUUUUUUUUUAAUCUUUAAAUAUUAAAAUGUCCCGUUUUGUUUUAGUUUUUUGGGACAUUUUUAUUUGAUAGCACUUAAACGCUCUACUGUUUCAUUCAAAAGGUGUGUAAACAUGUAAAGAACUUAUUAUUAUAAAACAUUAUUUUAAAAGUUGCCACACUUACUGGAGGAAAAUUGAAAUUUCCGCUUAGCUUGUUUUUUUUUUUCUUGCAGAAUUAUUUCAUGGAAGAUGGAAAUCUGUGGACUGUUUACAUACUUUAAUAUCUGAUUAUUCUGGAAGCAUGAUACUGACAUUAUACUGUCUUAUUCGUUUCAAUGACAGAGGCUUAUAGACUAAGAUGUUGAAUCAUAAAGCUCGCACACAUUGAAUCUGCGGUACAGCACAUAUUUCCUGCAGUGGUCCCAGCCAGUAGACGUUGGAUGAUUUAAAAUGAGGAGGCUUUCGUUUUAAAAAGAAAUUAAUUUUAAUUUUUUAAAAUUUCUGUCUGAGACUUAGGGGGCUUCUAAUUAUCUAAUUAAACUACUACAUAAAACUUCUUUGCCGGCUUUAUAAGUUGCAGCUUGCGCAAUUCUUUAUUUAAAUGCCAUUUUAUAUACGCACGCUCUUUUUUUCUUACUGUUGAUAACUGUUUUUGAUAUUUUAUUUAUUUUCUUAAGAAUGCACUUAAGAACACAGGUUUAUAACCGGUGAUGGAUAUUUAAAGAUUAUUAAUCUAAUCACGGGAACGCCUCCAAGUGACGAAGGAAUCACGGCUAUUGCGUCUAGCAAUAAUUGUCUGAAUCUUUUUGAAUCUUCAGGUGUUGGGAGUAUGUCUUCAGCCUCCGCUGUGUAAAUAUUAUGUUGUUUUUAGCUGGGAAUAUGUGAAUGCUGUCCGUGCACUCAAGUCAUUUUUUGUUUUGUUUUUCCAUUUGAAUGAAAUUCAUCCACACCGUUUAGUUUUAGCCGGUAACGUCACUGGGGUUGAUUAGGGCAGGUUCGUAGAGGGUCACUGUGGUUGCGUCCACGUCCACUGUGUUCUGGGUGUAACUGUGUGGAUUUCUACUGCAGAUGCCUGAUUGUGUUUUUCUGUAAUAAUCCAAGACUGAACUGCUCUGCAAUGGAAGUGAAUUUCACUUUUUUCCGUCCUAAAAUAUCUUUCAACAUCUGACAGACGAUGCGGUUUCUUUAUCUUAUCUGAAUCUCCACAGUGGUCUUCUGAGGGCAGUCUGCAAACGAAAUGAGGAUGUGAUACUGCCUAUGUCUUAGUGCCUUGUACUGUAUCUGGUAAGCCUUUUUUUUUUAAACUGCGAGGUUUGUGUGUUGGUUUGUUGCAUGUCACCUGGAAGCAAAACAUUUUCUUUAUCAUGGUGUUGUUGGUAUCAUUCAUACUAGAUCCAGGAAGCAGGAUGAUUAUUUCUGUUUGUCAGAAUCACGUCUGUUAUAGGGUCUUGACUUACUAGCUCAAUGUAUAAAUAAAUGGACAGUUAUAAAACUGUCACAUCAGCCUUUUGUCAUACUUGCUGUGAUGCUCUGCGUUUUUAGAACUGUUGAUGUUUGUACUAAGGCGAUUGUCAGUUUCCUGACACAGAAGGGAUCUGAAUACGAUUCAGUCUUGUUAAGUAGAAGAAGACAAAAAAAAACAAUGCGAAUGCAUAGACUUUCUAUAUUUUUUAAUAAAUAAUUCUGUGUGUAACCAUUGUAUGUAACAAAAUUUAAAUGUCGCAUCAGAUGCAUAUUCGAUAUGUUUUACAUUCCUUUUUUUAAAAAUAUCCUUUUCAACAAGUUGCUGCUUUUCAAAUCCUUUAAAAAUCUGACACACACACACACACACACACACACACACACACA